CCGGAACCGCGCCGACGCCAAUUCAAAUCGCCAAACAAACAAGCAGCACAAGCAGGCGAGAUGGAGCCCGUUGAGGAGACUGUGUCGGACAUCCCAGAGCGAGCCAAGGAGGAGAAGGACUCCUUACCAAGCAUCCCACCCACAUUUGUGUUUCAAAAGGCGCUCAAAGUGUACCGACAAGACACAACGACAAUGGCACAAGAGUUCUUGCACAUGCCAAAGUCCAAGCGACACGCCGUGUUCUCAGACCUCAAGGCCAUGAACUACAACCUGGACAAAGGGCACAAGGAGAUGGCAUCCAAGUACUCCAUUGUGCUGAGCAAACCAGACCUGCCCAACGCCCGUCCACAGGCCGAUGCAGCAAAUUCACAUCAAUCCGGCCAACAGGACACGUCAGACAAUCAAGUCAAGGAAACACCCCUGGCAAAACGCCCUGCACAACCGCACAGACAAUGACAGCUGUGUGUGUGAGUGUGUGUGUGUGUGUGUGUGUGUGUGAGUGUGUGUGUGUGUGUGUGUGUGCAAAUGACCUGUAAGCAAUUUCGCAUGUCACGAAUGAAUGAUUGAUUGAUUGCGACCUUGGUUGUCUUUUCGACACAAGGCGCGCAUAGAUGGGCUCUUCCUUGAGUGAGCGCCACAUACGUUACGGUGCUGGAUGCGCAAGAGCGAGUGUAUUCUGAUUUUUGUUUUGUUUGACACGUGCUAUCGUUGGUUACACUUCCUACUGCCCA